AUAAAUCACCACCAGGGCCGCUCCCGAACCUCAUCCCGAGGCUGGCGUCAUGCAUAAUCCCUUAUUUGGCUCCCCUUCCAAACCUGAGGCUCAGAUCCACUUUGCCAGCUAAUUACUCAGCUCUGGCAUCUCAUUCUACCCUCAAGUGUUGAAGUGCUUCACUGGUUGAACAUUUUUUUUUUCUCUCUCUUGGAAAGUUUUUCGAUUCGUUUUCCGAACAAAUUCUCGAUAGCAAUCUCUGUAUGCGCACGCACAAAUAGUUAUAUUCAGUUUUAUGCAUUUUAAAUUAGGGUUUUUUUACGGGAAGAUAUAAUCAAUGCACGAUUUGAUCUCACUGACAGGACUUUGUUCUCAGUGGAAGCACGCGUGAUUGAUUGUACGAACUGUGUGGAGUGAGCGUUUAAAGUAGUAUAUCAUGGCACAGAGUAAUUGGGAAGCAGAUAAGAUGCUUGAUGUUUACAUUCACGAUUAUUUGUUGAAAAGAAACUUGCACAAUUCUGCAAAAGCUUUCAUGACGGAAGGGAAGGUUGCUACAGACCCUGUAGCUAUUGAUGCACCGGGAGGAUUUCUCUUUGAAUGGUGGUCUGUCUUUUGGGACAUCUUCAUUGCACGGACAAAUGAGAAACAUUCUGAGGCAGCUGCAGCCUACAUUGAGACCCAACAAAUGAAAGCAAGGGAGCACCAACAGCAGCUUCAAAUGCAGCACUUGCAACUCAUGCAGCAGCGCAGUGCCCAGUUACAACAAAGGGAUCCUAAUCAUCCUCCCAUUGGUGGUCCCAUUAAUUCAAUGAAUUCUGAAGGGAUGAUAGGACAACCAUCUGCCAGUGCAUUGGCUAUGAAAAUGUAUGAAGAAAGUAUGAAGCACCCACACUCUAUGGAUUCAGAAACUUCUCCAAGUAUUGAUGCUAAUAGGAUGGCACUUUUCAAGUCAGCAACCAAUAACCAAGGCCAAUCGGUACAUGGCAAUUCUGGGAGCAUGCCUGCAGCAUUGCAGCAAAUGCAAGGACGGCCUCAACUGGUCAAUGACAUUAAACAGGAAGUUAAUUUGGGGGCAACUCAAAAAUCCUUGCCUAUGGAUCCCUCCUCUAUUUAUGGGCAGGCAAUUCUUCAGUCAAAAUCUGGACUUGGUGGGGCAGUGUUGAAUCAAGGAGUCACUGGUCUUCCGCUGAAGGGUUGGCCUUUAACUGGCAUAGACCAAUUACGGCCAGGUUUGGGCUUGCAAGUGCAGAAGUCCAAUUUACAGAGCCAAAAUCAGUUUCUUUUAGCAUCACAACAGCAGCAGGUCCUAGCACAAGCUCAAGCACAAGGAAACCUUGGAAGUUCGCCUAACUAUGGAUUUGGAGGAUUACCAAGGGGUAACUUAAGUGCAAAAGAUGGCCAAGUUGCAAGAAAUGAUGGAUCUAUAUGCUCACCCGUGCAAUCAAAUUCGCCAAAGGCUCCACCAAGAAAGGCUAAUGGAGUUUGGAUUCCUUGGCAGUAUAUAAAUUCAAACUCACGAGAACUAAAGGAAGGAGGCAUAGACCAGGUCCUACUAAAAGCAAAACAAUGCACCAUAUGAAAGAAUGAAAUAAAUGGGAAGUAUUACUUCCUAUACAAAGAAAGCAAGUGAGAAGCAAACUAACUCACUCUAAUACUGGGAAGUCCAUACCCGUCACUUUGUACAAUAGACCGAAGUUGUCAUGGGAGGUCAAGAGGUUUAUACUCUUGAUAAUGGCGCUGGUCCCAACCUGAUGCAAGUGAA